GCGGGAAUGUUUAUUGUCCUUGAAAAAAGUCUUCGACAUAUUUUAUCGGUAUAUUUCUAUUUAAUUCUUGUCUUGUACAAUUCGAGAAUGUGUGUAUUUGGCCAGUAUAUGUUGGAAUACACGGUACUGGGUGGCUAUCGAGCGGUUGCCCACUGUGAUGCAACUGCGGCCAAUUUUGGCACUGACAUUUCUACUUUCUUGUUUGGAAUGAAUUCUGUUGGUUGUGCCUUGCCAACAGAACCUCCAUUAGCUUGUUCUGAUGUUGAAGCUUAUUAUGUUCAACAAGCAAAACCUUUUGGCUACCAAGCAUUGAUUGUAUACAACUUUAAGGGUAAAAGUCCCAAUCCAAUGUCGGGUAGCAAAUUUGCUGAACUUAUCCAAAUUCCUGUUGUUAUGGUUAAAUUUGAAUGUAUGCAAAGUUUACUUGGCCAUUACAGCGCAGAACACGGGUAUACUGUUACAAUCAAAUCUAAUCCUGGCUACUAUGAUUUAAUCAAAUAUCGCUUUCCAUUUAUUAUUAUUGUCGGAAUUAGUUUUACUGUUUUGUUAAUUUCUUUGGUAAAUUUCUAUCAAACUUUAAAAUUUCUAACAUAA